GGUCAAAUGACUUCGCAUGUCUGCCUCUGUGUACAUUCCCGCGAUGGUGCACGCCUGAUGAAGAAACACUUCUCAAUCGUGUGUCCGAAAAUUCUGGCGACCAUCUGAAGCGGCUGCUCGCAUUGUGUCCGGCUGAAAGUUUGACAAGUCAACAUCAAACCUUGACCUCCCAAAGCCUCUGAGCAGGAGAAAGACGACGCUGCCAAGAUGUUCAGCACCAAAAGAUUGAAGAAGAAGUCUCAGUCGGUAGAUAUUGCCAGUCAAGGUUUCUCCCCGACUCUGGUGCCAGCCUCGCCCCUCAACAAGGCUGCACCACCUGUUGCCAAGACAACCGCUGUCCUCGCCGUGCAGGAGAACAACACCACCAACUCCCAGCGCCGCAGCCCCCGUUGUGGCGAGCUGAAGAGAGGCUACACCAUAGAUACCGGCCAGAAGAAGACUCCUGAGAAGAAGGAUGGAAGGCGAAUGUCGUUCCAGAGACCUAAAGGGACCAUAGAAUAUUCUGUGGAAUCGCGGGACACGUUGAACAGCAUUGCGCUCAAGUUUGACACAACACCCAACGAACUGGUUCAGCUGAACAAGCUGUUCUCCAGAGCAGUGGUGCCUGGCCAGGUUCUGUACGUUCCUGAUCCCGAGUACGUCUCCAGUGUCGGAAGCUCCCCUUCCCUCAGUCCCAUCAGCCCCCUGUCUCCCACCUCCUCAGAAGCUGAUUUAGAGAAGGUGACGGACUCUGAUGGCCCCCCCAGACCAGAAGGUGUUCACCCUCCAGUGUUCUCUGCCCUGCGCCAGUCCAGAGUGGUGUCAUCCACCUCCGAGGAGGAAGAGGCCCUCACAGAGAAGUUCCUCAAGAUCAACUGCAAGUACAUCACUGAUGGAAAGGGUGCGGUGAGCGGGGUGUUGCUGGUGACACCCAACAACAUCAUGUUCGACCCUCACCGGAUGGACCCCCUGGUUCAGGCCCAUGGGUGCGAGGAGUACGGCAUCAUGUGUCCUCUGGAGGAAGUACAGUCUGCCGCCAUCUACAAGGAGAUCACUGACCCCAAGAUCAGAGAGGCUGUGCCAGAUGAUCUGGAGCCUCUUCCAGUUGAGAGACAUCCCUCCCAGCAGAAGGACCCAGAGCAGCGCCUGCGGGAGCCAGGAGCCAAUGACAGCACGGCCCCACGCAGCGCCGAGGGCUCCAUCUCCGAAGACGUCUUUACCGAGCCGGAGCUGUCCCCAAUCCGGGAGGAAGAGCAAGCGUCUAAUGAGGACCUCCGCCUGGACAAGUCCUCUGGCGCUUCCACAGAGUCUGUGCAAACCGUCACCCAGGUGGGGGCCGCCUGCGCUGACUCCCACACCACAGGCAGUGCCCGCGGCUCAGUCAGCCAACCAGAGGAGCCCAGCGCGGCAAAAGCGGAGGACAAUCCACCAGACACUGCCACAGAAAAUGAUAGCCAGUCCCCCCUGGGAUCCAAGCAGCACAGUGUAGAGAAGCCACCAAGCACACCCACCACCACCAGCAGCAGCACUAGCCAGGCCCAGGGUCCAAGCAGAAGCACCUCCCGCCCAGGGUCCCAAAGCUCAGCCACCCCUGGUGCCACAGAAGGCACCUCCGUCUCAGCCAGUCCACAGGGUGAUGCCAAUGAGGGGACAGACAUCUCCAAAACGGACACUAUGCAACAAGGCAAGGAGGAAGAGGAAAUUGUAGAGCAGACGCAAAACGACGGCACGCAGAACUCUGCAGACGGGUCCACAGAGAGGCGGAAGCACCGCUCUCACAAGUUCCUGUGUCUGCGGGUGGGGAAGCCCAUGAAGAAGACGUUUGUUUCCAACGCCAGCGCUUCAAUGCAGCAGUAUGCCCAGCAGGGCAAGAAGCACGAGUACUGGUUUGCCGUGCCACAGGAAAGGUCAGAGCACCUGUAUGUGUUUUUCAUGCAGUGGAGCCCGGACAUGUACGGUGAGGGGGUCAGGGGGAUGGGACAAGAGCCAGGGUUUAUGGUUGUCAAGAAGAAUGAGGUAUCAGAAACAGCUGAGGACGAGCCCAUCACUGACCUCAAUGUCAAGGAAUGGGAGGUAGUGUCUCUGACGGAGUACCACCGUCGGAUUGAUGCGCUAAACAGCGAAGAUCUGCGCUCGCUCUGCAAACGACUCCAGAUCACCACCAAGGAAGAGGUGAACUCUAAGCUUGGCACAUCCAUCAAGACGGAGCUGGAGCCAGAAACGUUUAAACCCAACCUCAGAGAACCCAGUGAUCUUCUGGAAGCCGACCAAAUAGAGAAGCUUGCCAAGAAUCUCCCACCGCGGACCAUUGGGUACCCAUGGACGCUGGCUUUUGGCACAUCAAAGCAUGGCAUGAGCAUUAAGUCACUGUACAGAGCCAUGCAGGGACAGGACACCCCAGUGCUCAUGGUUAUAAAGGACAGUGAUGGCCAGGUGUUUGGUGCGUUGGCGUCUGAGCCCCUUAAAGUCAGCGAUGGCUUUUAUGGCACAGGAGAGACCUUCCUCUUCGCCUUUAAUCCAGAGUUUGAGGUGUACAAAUGGACCGGUGACAACAUGUUCUUCAUAAAAGGAGAUAUGGACUCCUUAGCUUUUGGUGGAGGGAGCGGUGAGUUUGGCCUGUGGCUGGACGGGGACCUCUACCACGGCAGGAGUCACUCCUGUAAAACAUUUGGGAACCCCAUGCUCUCAAAAAAGGAGGAUUUCUAUGUGCAGGACAUAGAGAUAUGGGCUUUUGAAUAACAAAACAGUGCACCACAGGGAAAAAAACAAGUCCUGCAAAGGGCAAAUGGAGAAGUCCUCCUUUAGAACAAUGGCAACGUCCCAAACUUAACUGCACAUCACCAGGGCUCCCCAGACCGGAAGCCAGCUAUCGGAUGCUUGUUGUGCGUUACUACUGCAGUUAUUACGGAGCUUUUUUCUUUGUGAAAAAUUACCUUUGUGUGUAUCUUGUUACAGCCUUGUGCAGCGUCUUUGCAGAGUGGGGGGAGUGUGUAAAGCAGGGAAAACGAUGGUAAGAUGAGGUUGUGUCAAGAGGGAUGAAGAGAAGAAGGGACCAUCAGGCCUUGAAGAGGGAAAGACCAUCGGAGCUCCUCUCACCUGAGAGGUGGUGAAGAUGAUGGUGGCCAAGGUUUGGGACUGCUGCAAGAAGAGAGAACUGCCCUACUUGUCCAGAAUGUGUAUCUGAGCUUUACAGUCCCCGGCAUCCUCUCAGACCCCUAGAACUUCGGUAGGAUGUUACUCACUGUGCUGUCAGCCUUGACGGAGAGAGACCAUGUUAGAGGGAAAUAAACGAAAAGGCUGAACACAUUCCA